CUCAGCUCUCCGGACACACUCACUCAACCCUCUCAAGUCACAAGCCGCUCCGGCCAAGCAGUGCGCACCUCACAACUCAUCCUCAACGAGUUGCAGGGCCACACUUGGAGCAGAAACGCAAGACAUCCAGCGGAGAGACAAGAUGUCGUCCUACGUGUCCUCAGAGUGCCGCCGCGUCAGCCCAUCUGUCCACGGCAACAAGUUUGACACGGCGCACCGCAAGAAGGCCGUGGCCAACAUCUUCGAGAAUGUCAACCAGGACGCGCUGAUGAGGCUCUUCCAGAAAACGGGUGACAUGAAGGCGGAGGAGAGAGUGAGGAGCAUCUUCUCCUACACUCAGGACCCGGAGGAGACGUCCCGGGCCCUGAUGGCUCUGAAGCAGCGAAAGAAGGACAAGUUCCUCCAGAUCGCGGGCAUGGUCCGGCAGCUGCUCAAGAUACGCUGACUGUGUUGUCUAUCUGUCGGCUCGUGUGUGAGCUGAAUGUGAAAACACUCCCAAUGUGACUGGGUUACCGCCGCAGAUGCGGCUCACCUUUCGCCUGGAAAGGAGCGUUAGGUGCGGAGGAGAAUGUGCAGCGGACCGCCUGGAUGGCAACAUGCCGCAGCUGUCACCUCAUGGAUGGAGGUGGCACCGCAGAGUCCUGCCUGGAGCAGAUGGAGAAUGAUGAACUGACUGGGGAUAUGAAGGGCAUACAUGUCUUUCCUGAGACUUGAAUUCAAUAAUGCAUUCCUGUGGAUGCCUGACUGUGAAGCAGCCCCCUGUACAGGUGCACAUCACUGUGCUGAUGGUGUGCACAGCUGCAAUAUGAGACUCUAUAGUGCCGAAGAACCUGCCUACAUGAAUGCCUGUCCUGAACACAUGCCUUGUCUCAGCUUCACUAAUGAAACUUCUCAUUGGUGGCCACUAAUGUGUUAUUGUCACUAAAUGCUAUAGCACAAUGGUUUGCAUUUAUGAUGUGUUCUUUUGAUAUUUUUUAAUAAAUUAUUUCAUUGUAUACAAAAGUUGAA